AUGGCGCCGUCUGUCCGCCUCUCUGCCUUGGGCGCUAUCGGCUCCUCAGACGUUUCUACUGCCAACACACCUGUCGCAUCCUACCUCCCCAGCGGCGUUCACGAUACCCCUUUACCAAUGGGGAAAUACUACCCAUCCAACUACGAGCAGCAGAACAGCCACGGCGCGCGGACCGGUCCUUCUGGGCCUCCAAGCCGUGUCUCCUCGGCGAGAUCCGAGGGUCAUAUACCCACGCGCGAAGCUUUCAGGGCAUCUUCACGACAAGACUCCGAAGUCCGCCGCAAACUCCAACAAUACCAACGGGACAUGAUCGCGCAAGCAAGGCUGGCCGCUAGCGAAGUGCUUGGAAGUUCACCUAAUCAAGCCAAUGCAGCACCAAGCUCCACAAUUACUUUGAACGGGGUACCCUUAACGAAUCUGCACCACAUCGGAACCACCGGCGUCCACAAGCCCAUAUCACCGAGACUCUUGCCACUGGGAAGCCCAGGCCCAGUCACGCCGAUGGAUUUGGAAGGCGAGCAGGGCGGGUAUCUCGACCGGGGCCGGAAUGAUGAAAUCGCCCGAGUGCUGCGGGCCGAGGAACAACGCAUACGCCGUGAGGGAGCAACUUCUCCGGCUGUGGAAACAGGCCCGCAAGCCUUUUAG